UUUAAUUUUUUAAUAAUUUUAUUGUCUUAAUAUUCGUUGCUAUCUUCGAUAACAUUAUUUUCUUCAUGUUGAAAAAAACAAAUAAAAAUAUUAUUGUUACUAUCAGACACGGUUUUAAACUGAAUGAUCGAUAACUUAAUAUUGGAACUAGGUUACCCUAUUAAGAGUUUAGAUUCGUGAUAAUUUAAUUUUUCGGAUUUUUGCUGAAAUUUUAAUACAAUGGGAGUACCAAAAUUCUUUCGAUACACCAGUGAAAGGUAUCCGUGCCUUAAUGAGUUGGUUAAACAAUAUCAGAUACCGGAUUUUGACAACAUGUAUUUGGAUAUGAAUGGAAUCAUACACAACUGCUCCCAUCCAGAUGAUUCUAACCCUCAUUUUCGAAUCACUGAAGAAAAAAUAUUCAAAGAUAUCUUCCAUUAUAUUAGUAUUCUAUUUCAAAUAAUUCGGCCUAAGAAAUUAUUCUUUAUGGCUAUUGAUGGUGUAGCUCCAAGAGCAAAAAUGAAUCAACAGAGAGGAAGAAGAUUUAGAUCAGCAAGGGAAGCUGAAAGCUUAGAAGAAAAUGCAAAAGCAAAAGGUGAAGUACUACCUACUGAAAAGAGAUUUGAUAGUAACUGUAUCACACCAGGAACAGUAUUUAUGGCUCGUUUACAUGAACAGCUCAAAUAUUUUGUCAAGGAUAAAAUCUCAACUGAUCCAUUGUGGUCAGAUGUCAAAGUUGUAUUAUCUGGUCAUGAGACCCCUGGUGAAGGAGAACAUAAGAUAAUGGAUUAUAUUCGUUGGUCUCGGUCCCAGCCCGAUUAUAAUCCAAACACACGUCAUUGCCUCUAUGGCUUAGAUGCAGAUCUCAUUAUGCUGGGCAUGUGCACGCAUGAACCACACUUUGCAUUAUUGAGAGAGGAAGUAAAAUUCGGAAGAACGACACAACGUUCAACAAGUCCUGAAGAAACAAACUUUUAUCUUCUCCAUUUAUCUUUAUUAAGAGAAUACUUAGAGCAAGAAUUUAUAUCUAUUAAGGACAAGUUACCUUUCGAAUAUGAUAUAGAAAAAAUAGUCGAUGAUUGGGUGCUGAUGGGCUUCCUAGUUGGCAAUGAUUUUAUACCCCAUUUGCCAAAUAUGCAUAUCAGCAAUGAUGCAUUACCUCUUUUAUAUAGUACAUAUAUGACUGUUCUCCCAACUUUGAAUGGAUAUAUAAAUGAGGCGGGAGAUCUACAUUUAGAAAGAUUUGAGAUAUUCAUGCAGGAAUUGGCAAAGAUAGAUAAGGAGAAAUUUCAAGAUACAUAUGCAGAUCUCAAAUAUUUCGAAGCAAAGACUGGCAGAAGACCGAAUGCUAUGGAGAGAAAGGAGUAUAAACCAAACAAUGAUGAAACAUUUAAUGUAAAUGUUGAAGACAUAAAGGCAAACAAACCUGAUGACGAAUUGCAAGCUCUGAUAAAUGCUACGCAAGAUAUGCUUAUGGAUGACAUGGAUGGAAAUCUGGACUCUGACUAUGAAGAGACAAGUGAUGAGGAAGCAAAUAUCGAAAUGGAGUUUAUAUUACACAAGAAAGAUUAUUAUAUGAAUAAAUUGGACUAUUCUAAAGUAACAGAUGAAGUAUUAGCAGAUCAAGCAGAAGGCUAUGUAAGAGCCAUACAAUGGAAUCUCUUCUAUUACUACAAGGGUUGUCCGUCGUGGUGUUGGUACUAUCCACACCAUUAUGCUCCAUACAUUUCAGACAUAAAAGGAUUUAAGGAUCUUAAGAUAGAAUUCGAACUUGGUGAACCUUUCAAGCCUUUUGAACAACUUUUAGCGGUGCUGCCAGCUGCAAGCAAACAUUUACUUCCAUCGCCGUUCCAUGAUCUGAUGACAGAUGAAGAUUCUCCUAUCGUCCACUACUACCCUGUGCUUUUCGAAACUGACCUCAAUGGCAAAAAGAACAGUUGGGAAGCUGUAGUUCUGAUACCGUUCAUUGAUGAGACAAAUCUUCUAUCAGCAAUGGCUCCUUGCUACCAAAGAUUAACAGAAGAGGAACUGAAACGCAACACACACGGGCCUAUGCUUGUGUAUACCAGGACUACAGAAAAUUUAGGUCCAAUAAUUGCUCCAGAUUAUUUCUCACCCAUAGCUGAGAAUCACGCCAAAGAAAUUGCAGUCUGGCGAACUGAGCUCGAUGUUCCUGCUAGCGAGCUCAAGAGAGGAAUGUUGCCCAAUGUGGACAGAGAGUUGUUGUAUCCUGGCUUCCCCACCAUGAGGCAUUUGAAAUACAAGACGAGUCUAAAGAAAUGCAAAGUGAAAGUUUUCGAUCAACCAUCUCGUAACGAGAGUAUGAUAGUGGAAAUAAUUCCAACCGAAACCACAGACCCGCUCCUAGAAGACGCUGCUCGGAAGCUCCUGGGCAAGAUCAUAUGGGUCGGCUGGCCGCAUCUGACACAGGCCAAAGUGAUAUCAGUAUCGAAUGAGAAAUUGCGUCUUCAUCACAUCGACAAGCAGAACAACAACCUGGACGGCGUCAGCUUCUCCACGGAGCCCAAUGUAGGCAACCUACACAAACAGUGGAUAUCUGAGCGGUCCACCAUUAUUGAACACAACAUGAAUCGUCUUGGCAUAGAAUUAGGAGAAGUCAAAGUUAUAGUUCAUGCUCUUAAUUUGAAAGGCUACAAGUACGUGGUGGAGGACAACGUGAGCAUGGCGCUGGAGGAGCAGUGGUGCACCGUGAGCUGCGGAUACGCGCUGCAGGCCACGCUGGCCACGCUGCCGGGCGCGCAGCAGCGCCCGCCCGCCCGCUACCUCACGCCGCAGCAGGCCUACCCGCCCGGCGACCAGGUCUUCCUGCUGACGCAGGGACAGUACUACGGCUGUCUCGCAACCGUGGUGAGCGCGGACACGCAGCGCAGCGGGCGCAUCAAGGUGUGCGUGCGCGAGCGGCCCGAGCCGCGGCCGCGCGCGCAGCCCGCCGCCUGCGCCUACCGCGCCGCGCACCACGCCGCCGCCGCCUGCGGUAUAUCGACUCAGAUGUUGUCUCGCAUAACGGGAACUGUACUGGUUGUUCUGGGCGAACGAAACGACUUGCCUACUGAGGGGCAAAGCAAGGUCAACGUGGGACUAAACCUUAAGUUUAAUAAAAAGAACCAGGAAGUGUCGGGAUACACGCGUCGUUGCAAGCUGAGCAACUCGUGGCUGUACUCGGAGCGCUGCGUGAGCCUCGUCAAGAACUACGCGCAGCAGUUCCCCGACCUCUUCGACAAGCUCGCCUACUCGCCCAGCUGCGACGUGUACUUCGAGAGCGAUCUCUGGCCGCAGGAAGUCGGGAAGGACAAGCCGCAGGACGUGGUCCAGUGGCUGAAGAGCCAGUCGCACUGCGCGGCGGCGCGGCGCGAGUGCGGCUCCGACGCGCUGGAGCCCGAGGAGAUGCGCGCGCUGUGCGACGACCUGCAGCGGCAGCUGCAGCUGCUCGAGGGGCAGGAGAAGAACGUCACCUUGCACGUCAAGUGGAACCUGCUCUACAAGCCGGAGCUGCAGCUGGGCAGCGCGGGCGCGGAGGCGGCGGGCGCGUGCCGGCUGUACGACCGCGUGGUGUGCGCGGCGGGCGCGGGGGGCGCGGGCGGCGCGGGGCUGGCGGGCGCGCGCGGCACGGUGACGGCCGUGCUGCGCGCCGCCGCGCACAACACGGUGCGCCUGGCCGACCGCCUCAACGCGCAGCCCGCCUACCAGGUCAUGCUGGACGAGCCGUGCGCCGCCGCGCACACCGAGGACCUCUUCCCGGAGCCGCGCUUCUACAGAAUGCUACCUCACAACCUGCUGAACAUAUCGUACGGGCGGAAGCUGCGCGAGGCGGUGAGCGAGACGGAGCCCUUCAACUACGGCCCGCCCACGGUGCUGCGGCGCGACGGACAGAACUCCGCCUUCGCGAGUUACAGUCCCCCGAGAGAACUAAAGACUCCUGUCGCAGAAACACGGACUAACGCAACUAACAACAAUGUCACUAAUGGGCCACCACAGCCGCAGGACAACGCUACAAAUCUACUUAGAAGCUUGCUGAAGAUAAGCGAAAGUGAAGCUGAAGCCAGCAAAAAGAACCACAAGAUACAAAAUCAUCAAGAACCAAACUCGAGUUGGCGCAUUAAAAACGACUACCCGGCCACUUCCUCGCCGAACAAGCCUCAACAACAGAAUUGGCGUAAAGAUUACUCAUACAAUCGACCACAGCCGUACAAAGAGUGGACGAACUCCACGUACAAGCCGGCGGGCGCGCUGCCGCCGUUCCCGAGCUUCGUCCCGCCGGAGUGCGUGUUCCCCGCGCACCUGCCGCCGCCCGCCUGGACGCAGGCGCCGCCGCCGCCGCCGCCGCAGGAUAUAAAAACGAUCCCGCUUCCAAGUCAAUCGAUAGUCAACACGGGAGUUCCUCCGAGUACCAACAGUGCGGAUAAAUUGAGCAACCCGUUCGUCCCACUACAAGUGCAGACGUGCCAACGGUCCCGGCGCGCCGACACCGCGGGCUCCGCGCGCCCCGCGCCGAGCGCGCCGCCCGCCCGCGCGCCCGCGCCGCCGCCCGCCGCGCUCAUUCCGCAACAACAGACCACAUCGAGACCUCAAAGGAAGAAGAAACCGAGAAUAGCAGCGAACCUUCCCUUCCAGAUGGACUAAGUAAUAAGUACUGCUCGUUAUUUUAAUGUUUUAAAUAAAAUAUACAUCUUUUAAUAAAUAUAUGUCUACAAGAAUGUGCAUUAUGGUGCGUUUCCACAGAAAGACUUGUCAAUUUCUGUACUGACAUCAGUUUGCAAACAGAAAGUAAACAGAGGUAAUAUAAUAUUGUAACCAUUUUUGGUGACAACUUGAAGAAUUAACACACUUUUCGAAAGUCACCUAUUUUCUUUUCGUGGAGACGAAGCUUUAUAAGUAGAUAGUGAAUUUGAACGAUAUAAUUUUACAUUGUUAAAUCGAAUGGUCACCGAUCGAGAUAUGAAAAUUGUUAAAAAUUAAUUAUAAUUUUUUUUAGUAAUAUGACAUUAUUUUAAAAUGUAAGUUAAUUUUUAAAAAUUUUCAUAUUAAGGUUUUUAUCUCAUGUUACUGUAACAUCUCAGAAUGUAAUGUACAUUAUGUAAAUAUUACGGAGUUGAGUGUUGGGAAAGUCAUAGUUCAAUGUGAAUUUAAUUAAGAGUUCCUUAUUACUGAUUAAGUUUUGUAAGUUUUUUUUUUUAUUGUAAUAACGUAACGCAGAACACUGUCAUCGCGUUUAGAUUUGACUCCUGCAUUGGCUGCAAUAUAUCGAAUGGUUUUUUAAAUAAUCUAAUCAAAUCAUUUGAUUCCUUAAGCUGCGGUAUGAUUUUUUUUUAUAAAAAAUUGUUUGCUUCUCAAAGUUGUAUUGUUUUAGAUAAGUAAGGUACUUGUUUGAAACAGAUGACAAGCAUUUGAUAAAGUAUGUUCCUAACUUUUUUUAGUAAGUACAAAACCCCAAGGGUAUAGUAUGGAACUUGCAACUUUCACAUUGCUGGAAACCCUCUGUAUCGUUGAGCUACUGGUGCUUAAAUGUAUAUCAUAAGUUUAACGAUUCAUUAUUAUUAUUAUUUAAAUAGAUAAGUGUACGGACGCAUUUGCAGCUAGUUGUCAGUGAGGUAACUUUAUACGCACAUCAUUGUGACAUAAUUAAUACAUAAAACAACUGUUUAUUAUCAAUUGACCUCUGAUCUUCGCUCUAGGUUAUCAAUAUUCAAUGCGAGUUCUCAAUUACUGUCAACCAUAUACCGCAAUAUAUUAAAUAAAUAGUAACCUCCUAUAUCAACCAUAUGGUAUAUAAACUUAAAGUACAUAUUCCAAUAUAUACUAAUAAAAUUAAUACAUAUUACUUGGUAACUUUCCGUACAAUUAGAUAGGUAAUAUCGAUAGCGUGUUUCUGAAUGUAUUUUUACAUAAUAAUUUUGAAAAUUAAGUACAUAUUGAUGUUAGUCGAUGUCCAUUCCGUAAGUUAUAUUUUAAAAUAAUAUAUAAUGCAUGUUACGAACUGAACUAUUUUUGUAGAUCGUGUACUAUUUUCGACCAACUUUUCUGUGACGUUUCUGUAGAUACUACAUACUAUGUUUUGAGUACAAAACAAUUGUGUACAUCAAUCGGUACAAAUUUUUCUACAUUAUAUAGAUAUUCGAUUUAAUUAGAUGUAGUUAUUGCUGACCUAUUCUACGAAACGAAGUUUUAUUGCGAGUUUUAAAAUUUACUGACCUCGUGCAAUUUAAGAUGUCCGAUUUGACGUACUUAUUUGGUGACAUUAGAAGUGAAUCAUUACGUAUUUUUGAAAUAAUAAAAAUUUUAAUUUAGUUUUAAAGCAAAAGGAAGAAUUAUUUGGAAACUUAAGCAAGUUUGUUUUUCAUUAAAUUAUGGUUUUGUAUUUGAUUUUCUAUCUAUAUGAAAAAAAUCAAUGAAAUAAGAUUGUAAAUCAUAUUUGAAUAAUUUAAUUGGAUAUUUUGCUAGGACAAUUUUAAAGAAAUGAGAUUAAAGUUUUUUUCUUUUUAAGAAGUAGUCAUAACCUCAUAUUUUUAUUUUAACCAUACUGUAAAAGUACAGUCACCUAUAAAAACUGAAAU